AUGCCCCUCGCAGACCACUGGCGUAUGGUGGAACGAGCCAUAAGCACUGCAGCCGAACACAAGAUCGGCCGCUUACCACGUAGAGAGAAAAAGGAAUGGUUCGACGAAGAGUGCAGACGAGCACUAUCCGAGAAGAAUGCAGCGCGCGCCCGCAUGCUACGGCAUGAAACCCGUCAGAACGUGGAGAUCUACAGACGACUUAGGAAACAGCAAACCAUGCUCUUCCAGACCAAGCAGCGCCGUUUUGAAGAGUCAGACGAACAGCUGCUGGAGCAGCUUUCUCAGUUGGGGGACACCCGCUUGUUCUACAGGAGAUUGAAGGAGGAAUGGAGCGGGUUUGCUCCUAAAACCGCAAUGUGCCGGGAUGCGGAAGGAAAUCUCCUGACGGAUGAGCGGGAGGUGAUCGAAGGGUGGAAGUGCUACUACGAAGGAUAUCUGAAUAGAGCAGAGUCAGGAGAGGCUGGUGCAAGAGGCAGAACAAGGCAACCACCACAGCAGCAGCACAGCAGUAACAACAGCAACAGCAUCGGCAACAGCAACGACGAGGUGCCCCCGCCAUCUCUGGAUGAGAUUGCCAGUGCCAUCAAGCAGCUUAAGAGCAAUAAGUCUGCCGGCAGCGAUGGAAUGGCGGCCGAGCUCUUCAAGAAGGGGUCGAAAAGGCUUACCGUCGAAAUACAUCAGCUGAUCGUGAAAGUCUGGGAGCAGGAGGAACUACCGGAGGAGUGGAAGCUGGGUGUUAUUUACCCAGUCCACAAAAAGGGCGACAGGCUGGAUUGCUCGUAUUUCCGAGCCUUCACUGUCCUAAAUGCCGCCUACAAGAUCCUGUUCCAGAUCCUGUUCUGCAAACUUGCGCCCCUUACUACAAAUUUUGUCGGCAGCUACCAAGCUGGGUUUGUCGGAGGCAAAUCCACCACCGACCAAAUUUUCACUCUACGGCAGAUCCUCCAGAAGUGCCGAGAGCGCCAGAUCCCAACGCACCACCUGUUCAUCGACUUCAAGGCGGCCGACGACACCAUAGACCGGAAGGAGCUAUGGAGCAUCAUGCAGCGGUACCACUUCCCUGGGAAGUUGAUCCCGCUGUGA